AUGCCCUCCUUCCUCUCUGUUUCAUCCUUUGUGCUCGCUGCUUCCCUCAGCACCAUCACAUAUUUGACUUUCCUCCACCGUUGUCUCAAAAACCGAAUACACCACGAGACGCAUUGCGGUACACUCUCCAAAUCGGUUUCUUCCACCAUAUCCACGAUACCCUCCGAAGUCUACACACCAGAAUACUAUGCUCUCCACGAUCGAGCUAACCGCCGGGUGCCUCGCCAACUGCUUCCCCGCCAGAAAGACGCUGAAAUCCUGACCAUUCUCUUGCGUCGCAACAUGACAGCCUUCGCUCACUUUCCUCAGUGCUAUAUGCUGUGGCUGAUCAGCCCAGCCACACAACGCCCAACGUUCCAUACGUCACAUAUUGACUCGCUGGAUUUCAACAAGGGCGAUGUUAUCUGCGGAAUCUACCGUGUCCUAGACCGAACCGCGAACAAAGUCGAGUUCGGAAUGACCUACAAAGGGGUGGAUGGGCGAUUGGUGAUCCGAUUUUGGGAUGAGGACAAGGACGUUGUUUUCGCCAGUGAAACUGCAAUGUGGACAAAGGCGGAUGAAACAGAGCGCACCACAAUGCCACUUGAAAACCCAGUGCUUCGGUUCUUUCAUGAACUGGCCGCAUGGUGGCUGUUAGAUUCCGGAGUCAAAUAUCUGACGGACUUGGAUGCAGAAUUGGAGGAUGAUUGA